GCAUCCCUAUCGGAAUCUGGACCUUUGCCACGUCAUUGCCACUACGGCGGUCGGCGGCAGCGGUGCGGCCGCCACCCACUACCACUAAUCCUUCCCUCCCCUCGCGUGUCGCGUGCUUAAUCCCACUUCCUUCCAUUGCCCUAUCUCUCUUCCUCAUCUUAAUCACCAUUCACCAGACGACCAGCCCUAGCGAAUUCAUAUCCCAUUCCUGGUUCUCCGUCCAUGGCCGCGUCGCUGCUUCGCCGUGGCGCUGUCGCCAGCCGCCGGCGAUGCCCGGAGGGGAUGCUGCGGCGGCUGGUCUCGUCUGAGGCGGCGCCCGAGCGGGCACCGUCGUCGCGGCCGCCGCCGGAGAUGCCGUCGUUUGACCACCAGCCCCGCCCGUACGCCGGGAUGGGUGGCGCCGAGAUCUUCCAGAAGAGGAAGGCGGUGCUCGGACCGUCGCUCUUCCACUAUUACCAGAAGCCGCUCAACAUCGUGGAGGGGAAGAUGCAGUACCUGUAUGACGAGAAUGGGAAGAGAUACCUCGAUUGCUUUGGGGGCAUUGUAACAGUGUCGUGUGGCCAUUGCCAUCCGGAUAUUGUGAAUGCUGUGGUGGAGCAGACCAAGUUGCUCCAGCACACAACCACCAUUUACUUGCAUCAUGCCAUUGUAGAGUUUGCAGAGGCCCUCACCUCCAAAAUGCCUGGCAAUCUCAAGGUUGCGUAUUUCGUGAAUUCUGGGACUGAAGCGAAUGAAUUAGCAAUGUUGAUGGCCCGGCUGUAUAGUGGGAAUCUCAGUAUGGUUGCACUUAGAAAUGCAUAUCAUGGUGGAAGUGCCGGUACGAUUGGAUUGACUGGUUUGCAGACGUGGAAGUACCCCAUUCCUCAGGGUGAAAUACAUCAUGUCAUGAACCCUGAUCCUUAUCGAGGGACUUUUGGGUCUGAUGCUGCAGCUUAUGCCAAGGAAGUCGAAGAACACAUAACUUACGGAAGUUCAGGAAGGGUUGCAGGCUUCAUUGCAGAAACAUUCCAGGGUGUCGGAGGUGCUGUUGAACUAGCUCCUGGAUACCUAAAGUUAGCUUAUGACAUUGUGCGCAAGGCUGGUGGUGUUUGUAUUGCUGAUGAAGUCCAGAGUGGUUUUGGUCGUACUGGCAGUCAUUAUUGGGGAUUCCAGACACAGGGUGUUAUUCCUGACAUAGUCACCAUGGCAAAGGGAAUUGGCAAUGGCCUGCCACUGGGGGCAGUUGUAACAACUCCUGAGAUUGCAAGUGUGUUAGCUCAAAAAAUCCAAUUUAACACAUUUGGUGGAAAUCCAGUUUGUUCUGCUGGUGGAUUAGCUGUGCUUAAGGUUCUUGACAAGGAGAAACGCCAGGCACAUUGUGCUGAUGUUGGAGCUCACUUGGUGGAACGUCUAAAAUCGCUUCAGGAGAAGCACGAAAUCAUAGGUGAUGUUAGAGGAAGGGGCCUGAUGCUUGGGGUGGAACUCGUUACGGACAGAAAGGAGAAGACCCCUGCCAAGGCAGAAACCACUGAACUGUUUGAGAAGCUCAAAGAUCUCGGAGUACUAGUUGGAAAGGGCGGUCUGCAUGGUAACGUCUUCAGAAUAAAACCACCAAUGUGCUUUUCGAAGGACGAUGCAGACUUCUUGGUGGACUGCAUGGACUACGCAAUGUCAGGGCUCUGAAGGAACAUGCUCUGAACUGCGAAUGCGUCUGCGUGGAACCAACACUUCCUGCAACCGCAGGAUGCAUGGCCUGAAAUGAAACUGAAAGGCAGAUGAUUGGAUGGGCAUGCUCGCCGGUUGAUGUGUUGGUGGUUUCAUGGUGAAAUGGUAACCCCCGCAUGAAUAAAUGGAUGAAAGGGGAGAAAACGUCAGAAAAUCAAAAUGUCUUGUCCAGCUUGUGAGCUGUUUGUAAAAGAACUAUAGUUAAUAAAUAUAUAAUAGCGAGCAAGCAAGCAUGAUAUCGAUCUGUA